AUUUUUUUGUAUCCUUGGCAAUUUUCCAACAAAUUUUAGUGUUUUCCAUAGUGUUUUCUAAAAGAAAUGGGAAAUCAUGACGAUAUGCUGUUCACAAUGUUGACAGAAUGUAAAACAUUACCAAGAUUUUUAGACGAAAUAUUCGGGUUCUUACUUAGAAGGACAGAUUUUUACCACAUACAAGAAGAAGAAAAUUCGCCUGUAGGUUUACCGGAAGGUUUAGCUGAAAGGAUAGUGAGGCAUUCUUUGUUUAAAUGGAAACCUCAAAAUGUUUAUUCAGAGGAUGAAAUACCUGUUGCUUGUGAAGAAACUAUUGUAGAAGAUGUUGUAGAAUGUCAAACUGAAGAAAUUGGAUGUGUUGAAGAUAUGGAGAAGUUGGAUAUAAAUAAGAAAAACAAAGAAAAGAGUUUUUCAACGUCAGAUUGCUAUAAUGGGGCUGUUUGUGAAAAUUACAGUUGGUCACAAACUAUUGGGGAUGUCGAUAUUGUGGUAAAAAUACCUGAAGGUAUUAAAGCAAAAGAGUUAAUUGUAAAAAUAGAAUCGAACUUAUUGUUAAUUAAAACAAAGGAUGGAGAUGUUUUAUUGGAUGGUGAAUUUUGUCAAAAAUGCAAAAAUAAUGACGCGAUUUGGUCGUUAGUAAACCAAAACUUGGAAAUACAUUUGGAUAAAACUCUGGAUAUGUGGUGGGACUGUCUUUUAAGAAAUGAAGAAAAACUUGAUAUUUCCAAAAUAGAUUGCAGCAGACCUUAUGAAGAAUUACCUGAAGAAGCCCAGGCUAAAAUUGAAGAAUUGCAAUGGAAUCAAGAAAGAAAAAUUAUGGGGUUACCCACAUCAGAUGAAAUGGCUUUACAAGAAAAGCUUAAAAAGGCUUGGAAUGUUGAGGGUUCACCUUUUACUGGGCCAUUUGACCCUAGUAAAGUGAAAUUUAGCUAGAAUAUAAAUUUUGGUUGCUUAAACAAAGUUGCAGAUUCCUAAAAACUAUUAUACAAAAAC